GUACAUUUUGAUUCUGCAGGUGGCCUGUGAAGCAGGUGCGCGCGCACUGCCAGCGCUGAUUGGUUGUGCGGACCACGGUGAAGUACUUGAACCUCUGUUGUGCGUCCUGCAGUCUCCGCGGGUGGACGCCGGGCGCGCAGCCGUUACUUCUCUUUUACCCGUGGAUCUGGUAGCUUCUCAUUUCUUUCAGGAGGUGAUCCCACGCAGGUGUGCGGUGAGGUCGCUGGGGUAGCGGAGGUGCCUCCUGAGAAGCCAGCUGGGGCUGUGUCCCGCGGGGAAGAUGAACGGCACCAGCGCCAGGUCCAGCCACCUGUCUCAGCCUGUCGUCAAGAGCGUGCUGGUGUACCGCAACGGGGACCCCUUCUUCGCCGGGCGCCGCGUGGUCUUCCAUGAGAAGAAGGUGUCCAGCUUCGACGUCUUCCUGAAGGAGGUGACCGGCGGUGUUCAGGCGCCUUUUGGGGCGGUCAGGAACAUCUACACCCCGCGGACCGGCCACCGCAUUCGACAGCUAGACCAGAUUCAGAGCGGGGGCAACUACGUGGCUGGAGGCCAGGAAGCCUUCAAGAAACUCAAUUACUUGGACAUAGGAGAAAUCAAGAAAAGACCAAUGGAAGUCAUUAGUACACAGGUAAAACCAGUAAUCCACAGCAAGAUCAAUGUGUCAGCUCGCUUUAGAAAAUCACUUCAGGAACCUUGCACUAUCUUCUUGAUUGCAAACGGAGACCUCAUAAACCCAGCUUCUCGCCUUCUCAUCCCCAGAAAAGCCUUGACUCAGUGGGAUCAUGUGCUCCAAAUGGUCACAGAAAAAAUAACUCUGAGGAGUGGGGCUGUCCACAGACUUUAUACUUUAGAAGGAAAACUUGUUGAGAGUGGGGCAGAGCUGGAGAAUGGGCAGUUUUAUGUGGCUGUUGGCAGAGAUAAGUUUAAGAAAUUGCCUUAUAGUGAAUUACUUUUUGACAAGUCAACGAUGAGAAGGCCUUUUGGUCAGAAAGCUUCUUCACUACCUCCUAUUGUAGGAUCCAGAAAGUCUAAAGGGAGUGGAAACGAUCGCCAGUCCAAAUCAACUAUUGGAUCCAGUGACAACUCAUCUCCUCAGCCCCCCAAGAGGAAAGGGAAAAAAGAAGAAGUGAAUUCAGAAAAACAGACAAAAAUGAAACAAAAUGUAAAGUUAAAGAAUUCACAAGAAAUAAUUCUAAAUAGUGAUGAAGGCGUUUUCAAAGCUGGAGCAGAGAGGUCUGAAACGCGGGGGGCAGCAGAAGUCCAUGAAGAUGAAGACACUCAGGUUGAGGUUCCAGUGGAUCAGAGGCCUGCAGAGAUGGUAGAUGAGGAAGAAGAUGGAGAGAAGACACACAAGGACACAGAACAGAAAGAUGGCUUUUCAGGAAUGAAUGGUGACAUUGAAGAUGAAGGAGGUAAGGAGGCUCCAGCUGCCCCUGAGCAAGCCGUGCAGACACUGGAUCCCAGUGGGGAGCAGGCAGCUCCUGCUCGCGUGAAUGUGGGCACCGAUGAAGAAAAUGGUGAGGAACUGGACCAGGCUGAUAAUGAGCUUCAGCCAGCAGUGGAGGAGGAAAGAGAGUCUCAAGGAGCUGGCAGCGGACAAGAGGAGGCUGAAUUAGACCCUCAAAGACCACCAAGGCCAGAAGUAAAAAUUACUAGUCCACAAGAAAAUGAAAACAGUGAACAAAAUAAGGACUAUGCUGUCGUGGCAUAGAUGAUUUUUAAAAAGAGAAUAUAUGGAUUGUUAGAUAACUUAAGGGUGGUAAUACUUGAAUGAUAAGCACAUAGUUAUUGUUAAACAUAAUGUGAUACUACGUUUGAAUACUACCUAUUGGAUUUUAACAUUAGAAGCCUAAUGGAAAGACUCCGUUAACUGUUAAUAGCUACUAAAGGAGAAUAACUUAUUUUAAUGGCAUGUGUUUUUGGAAGUCAUAUAGAGAGAUUAAAUAAGAGAGACAGAGGAGAAUUUCUACUGGAAGACAAUUGGCCACUUGUCUUUGUAAAGGAUCAAAAAAAAAAUAGGAUCACUCUUACUGUAUACUUUAUUAUAAAUUUAGAAGUGAGAUUAUUAGAUGGCAGCUUACUCUACAGCACUUAUCUAAGAAGGCAUAGAAUUUUAAAGAAUUGGUAUAAUAGGAAAGCUUGUACUAUUUUCUUAAAGCAAUAAAUUCUUGAAUGAA